AUGACUGACAAAAAGCCCAAGGAAGGAGUCAAGACUGAGAACAAUGGUCAUAUUAAUUUGAAGGUGGUGGGGUAGGAUGGUUCUGUGGUUUAAGAUUAAGAGACAUACACACUUAGUAAACUAAUGAAAGCCUAUUGUGAACGACAGGACACACCUGCACAGUUGGAAAUGGUGGAUGAAGAUACAACUGAUGUGUUCCAGCAGCAGACAGGAGGUGUUUGCUAA